CCACAAGUAGGAUUAUCCUUCGGUGUAGAUAGGGCAUAAGUGAGCUUAUCGCGAAGCUAGGCGCUGUUCGAUAAGCCGGGCGUGAACGUAGCAAACGUCAAGCACGACAGUCGAAAUGUCGAGGAACGACGGUAAAAAAGAUACUUCGGCGUCCGCGUUUCGAAAGAUCGAUGUAGAUCAGUAUAGUGACAACAAUUUCAAAGAGGAAGACGCCGAUGGUGGUGUAGGCGCGCCCACUGGUCCAGAUGAAAAUGAAAUUUUGACACUUCUUAGCCAGGGUAAGAACGCGGAGGCAUUAAUAUCAGUUUUAAAAUCCGCACCGUUGGGAUGUAAAAACCAACAAAUUAAGGACAGCGCUCGAAAUUUGACACAGAAAGUGCUUCUAAGUAUAAAGUCAAAUCAAAUGGAUGACUGCUUAGCACAAUUAGAUCGUGACUUAGUGGAUGUUCUAAUGAAGUAUAUUUACCGAGGUUUCGAAAUCCCAACAGAAGGUAGCAGUAGUCACUUGUUGAUCUGGCAUGAAAAAGUAUUUAACAUAAGCGGUGUGGGUUGCAUCGUUCGUGUAUUCUCUGAUAGCAAGCGAGCUUGAAGUUUUGUACAUUUUGCAGUAACAAGUUCAUUGCGAUAAUUACCAUUAAUUCUUACUGUUAUUCAUCAUCAAUGUUAUGCGAUGAGGAUGUAGAUAGGCAAUCCAUUCACAAUUUUCCGUAAGGGAAAUACAAGAAAUUUGUGUACAUUUGUUAUCAAUAAAGUAAUUUUUAUUUCUUGUA